AUGUUUGCUUUUUUUUGGUUGAUGCUUUUGUUCUACUCUUCUUUGGUCACCACUCAAGAUCUGUCUCAUGACUACGUCUUACAAGGUAAGAACAUCAUAAUAUUAGCCGGACAGAGCAACAUGUCUGGUCGAGGAGGUGUUAUCAACAACAAAUGGGAUGGUUUUGUUCCUCUGGAAUGCCAUCGGAAUUCAUCGAUCCUCCGGCUUAGUGCAGGGCUUACAUGGGAAGAGGCGGAGGAGCCUCUCCAUCGUGAUAUCGAUGUAGUUCGAACGUGUGGAGUAGGGCCCGGGAUGGCAUUUGCAAAUUCAGUUUUGGCAAAAGAUCCAAGCCUCGGGGUGAUUGGUUUGGUCCCUUGUGCAAUUGGAGGAACGAAUAUAAGCGAGUGGAGACGUGGUAGUGUCCUUUAUAAUAAGCUCAUUCAGAGGGCCAAUGCUGCGUUACAAGGGGGAGGAAUAAUUCGAGCACUUUUAUGGUACCAAGGUGAAAGUGAUACCGUAAUUCACAAGGAUGCUGAAUUGUACAAGGGGAGAUUGGAUAGAUUUUUCGACGAUUUACGAUCUGAUUUGAUGUCACCUAUUCUUCCUGUGAUCCAGGUGGCGUUGGCAUCAGGAAAAGGACCUUUUAUAGAGAUAAUAAGAAAAGCCCAGUUGGAAACGAACCUUCAAAAUGUGAAAUGUGUUGAUGCAAAGGGAUUGCCAUUAGAGCCUGAUGAAUUGCACCUCACUACUUUGGCGCAAGUCGAGUUAGGUAAAAUGUUGGCUGAUGCCUUCCUUCAAACUGUGCCUCUACCUGUUCAGAGUAAUGCCCCAAAGAGGUUCAACAAUUUUAUUCUUGACUUUCUCCGAGAACCAUUUUGGUAG